CCCAGUACAUAGAUCCUGAAGGGGCUGGGAGGCUUCUGUCUGAAGCAGCUUUUCUUAGGAAGUUGUGUGAACACAUAGCACACUGCUUGCAGCCAGAGAAGGCUGUUCAGUUCCCACCCAGUGGGCAGUUAGUGCUGGCAUAUUCCUGGUGGUUAGACGGGAGACAUCAAUAGCCCUGAUUGAUCUCUUUGAAUUUCCAUUCUGGUCUCCAGGAUCUAGGUGUAAGAUGAAAGGCUUUGGUCUUGCCUUUGGACUGUUCUCUGCUGUGGGUUUUCUUCUCUGGACUCCUUUAACUGGGCUCAAGACCCUUCAUUUGGGAAGCUGUGUGAUCACUGCAAACCUACAGGCAAUACAAAAGGAAUUUUCUGAGAUUCGGGAUAGUGUGCAAGCUGAAGAUGCAAAUAUUGACAUCAGAAUUUUAAGGACAACUGAGUCUUUGAAAGACAUAAAGCCUUUGGAUAGGUGCUGCUUCCUCCGCCGUCUAGUGAGAUUCUAUCUGGACAGGGUAUUCAAAGUCUACCAGACCCCUGACCACCACACCCUGAGAAAGAUCAGCAGCCUCGCCAACUCCUUUCUUAUCAUCAAGAAGGACCUCUCAGUCUGUCACUCUCACAUGGCAUGUCAUUGUGGGGAAGAAGCAAUGGAGAAAUACAACCAAAUUCUGAGUCACUUCACAGAGUUGGAGCUUCAGGCAGCGGUGGUAAAGGCUUUGGGGGAACUAGGCAUUCUUCUGAGAUGGAUGGAGGAGAUGCUGUAGAUGAAAGUGGAGAGGCUGCUGAGAACACUCCUGACCAAGAAUCUCAGACCUCAGCACCAUGAAGACAUGGCCCCAGGUGCUGCUGGGAACAUUUCUACUCAAGAAUUCCAGUCCUCAGCACCACGAAGACAUGACCUCAAGCCACCACCCCUUUGUGAUACAACUUAGUGCUGGCUACGUGUAUAUUAUUUAUAUAUUAUUGGCUCCCUUACGUGAAUGCCUUCAUGUGUCUAUGUAUUCCCUUACAAUGGAAUUUUGUGAAAUUUUCUGUAAUGUCUUUUCUAAUGGUAUCUAUAUUUAUUCAUUGAUAUGUGUAUUUAUUUUCUAUUCAACUUCUAUUUAUUUUUGUACUUGAACACAAGACUUAGAAGAUUAUAUUUAUAACCUGUCAAGAGCAGGUGAUGUAUUUUCAUAUAAUAAACAAGCCUGUUACAUUCC